AUGGUGGGCUGGCAGCGACAUUUGCAGUCUAUACUUCGUCAGACUGGGAAAAGAUUAGAGUGCAGUUGCAAUGGUUCAUUCAGCUCUUCUCCUUAUCACUCAAAGGCUUCUCUUGUAAUGGGUGAUAUGCCUUUUCUGCGGAAUCUGCAGAAUUCAACUUCUCCAAGCUUUUCAAGUCCUUUAUAUCAAUAUCUGCAGCAGCUGGGUUUUACCAGCUCAAGUAAGGUACUGGCAGACUCAUCUGAGGCAUCACCAAUUCCUUCUCCAUUGACACCAGUUUUGGCAUUAAAUAGUGGAAAAACUGAAGCCCAAAAAGCAGUUUCUAAACCUUCAAAUGUUCAAGCAAUUCUAAAAGGCAUUAAACAGCAUGUCACAAGAGCUAGUCGAGGUUUGGAACCCUACUUCAAGAGGGACGCCUCACAAGCCGGGCUUUUAGAGAUGAGGCCUUUUGGCAAAACCAAGUCAAUUUUGGGCCACCAAACCCUGCAACUGAUGAGAAGGCCCUAUGGAGUCAAAGAAAGCAUGUACGUUGUCACCGGGAGUAGUCAAGCUUGGAGACCAUAG